CUUCUUCCACCAUUCCCUGCUCUUUAUGGUUUGUACUACUAGUAUCAAACAAUAUAAAAAUCACACAUGGCUUUGUAUGAACGACUCACUAUCUCAUGACGGGUUGUACUAGUAUCAAACAAUAUAAAAGACACAGUUUGUACUACCUCAUGACGGGUUGUACUAGACAAAGCAGUAGUGGUAGUUUUUAUAUAGGAGGGGUUUAGGCAAUUAGUUCAACUAAAAUAAGGAAUUAGAUCGGCAUUAGUCAUUGACAGAAUUGCUAACUGAGUAAUACUCAAUAUCUCAAAUGAAUGAUAUUUUCUUAGCUGCCAAUUUUUUCGUCCUUGUUAUUUGUCAUUGUCAUAUAAGGCACUAAAUUCCAUGUUACUGUGACUAGGAUAGGCUUGGACCACUAAAGGAUGACAUUGUAGUACACGACUCUUCCGUUAAUCAAGUGGUCCGGAGUGAAGAACAUCACAUCACAUAGAUGGGCCAGUAGCCGGUAUGUAAUCAGUUAAUCACCCAACUUUAAUUGGCAGCAAAUAUCUAAGUCUCCCAGCCAGCAACAUCACAGUCAUGUAGAGGCACUAGUUGGCAUUCAAUGGCUCUCCUUUGGAGUUUUAUUUUUAACUUUGACAGUCACUCCCUUAUCUGGCCAUUCAUUUGCACGUCUGUGCUUUUGUGAACCAGUCUGCCAGGGCGAUGCCUGCUGCUCUCAGGGCCUUAACUGCCUUGUAUGUGCUUGCAGUUCUUGCUGGAAAUCAGGUGGAAGGGCGGCACCAUCAGCCUGAUUGUCCUUCUUUCUCGUGCGGUCUUCUUGGAAACAUAUCGUCUCCAUUUCGUCGGGCAAGUGAUCCACCUGGGUGCGGCUAUCGAUCUUACGAGCUGGUUUGCAGUGAUACCAAGGCUACGAUAUGCAUCGGCGGUGCAACUUACUAUGUGUCUGGUAUCAACUACAGUAAUUUUUCCUUCUGGGUUGUUGAUGCCGACUUGGAUUUACACAACAGCUGCCCUCUACCUCGGUGGAAUCCUCCAUACCCACACGACAACAUGGAAGUCGAAUUGGACCCCCUUGUAGAUACUCGGGCUUGCUUUGUAAAAUGCUCUCAGGAAGUAAAGGGCACUGGUACGUACAUGCCUGUUGCUUGCCUAAGCACCAACGAUUCUUUUGUUUACGUGCUAACUGGCCUCAGAUCUACAUACAUGGAGUACCUUCAACCUUCUUGUGGGUACUUGGCCGUGACUCCUCGACCUUGGGACAGUCCGACGCUAGAAAAUGCAAGUUAUGCAGAUGUUGUGAAAUCCAUGAGGACUGGAUUUGCUGUUUAUUUUCCUUUGAGAUAUACUAGGGAGACCAUCAAGGGAUGCCUAAGAGACAUUGUUCGCCCCUUCUAUGAAGUGCCAGUGUCGAGUGAGGGCAUCAAGCGACUUAUUACAUACAGUCUUCUGGCUGAUGGAUUUUCUUGGAUUAUUGUGUAUUUAAUACAGGUGUUCCCGGUUACAUCAUAAUAAUCAUCUUCUGGAUUCUGAAGUGGCUAGCAGGUAACUCAGAGUUUGUGCUCUUUAUUGCAGUUUGUUCAUCAUCACAUCUAUGCAAUCAUGUACCCACUAAACCCUAUAUAAACUUGUUUAUUCAGUGUUAUGCAGGUUCGUGUUGGCACCACUGGCUGUGUUGAUCUUCCUCGCCCACAAGUAUUGGAAAACGAGGAUCACGAUCGAUGCUGUCGAGAAGUUCCUCCGAAAGCAACAAAUGCUAGGUCCAAUGAGGUAUGCCUACACCGACAUCACAGCAAUUACAAGCCAUUUCAGAGAUAAGCUGGGCCAGGGAGGCUACGGCUCUGUGUUCAAGGGUGUGCUAUUGCCAGGCAAUGUUCAUGUC